AUGGUGAAGGCCAUCGUCGUCCACGAGUUCGGCGGCCCCGAGGUAAGUGGAAAGACGGAUGUGCAUGCCGUUGCGCGAUCUUUUUCGCCCUAUAUCUGCUGUCGUUUUUUUUCUAUUAUGACUCCCUUGUUUUCGAGGUGCGCGAUGAUUUUGGUGCAUUAGCAGACUGUACUCAGUGUGGUAAUCUGUUCUACUUCUAGGUUGCCGUGCUCUGAUUUCAGUAUUUUCCUCCAUGUGUUGCUUGAGAAUGUUCUCGAUGCAAUCGAUCGUGGGAUAUCUGAUCUGGAGUUUGUGAUUUGGUGAGAUUGUGUUUUUGUUCGCGAUGAGUUUGUGAUAAAUGUUUGUAAGUUUGAGAAGACUGUGAAUCAAGGAAGAAAAAAUUGUGAAAGAGAGUUGCUUAUUCCUUUCACGGAAGAACAUAUGACUGGUAAACUUUAUCCUUCGUCAAUACCGCUUGAUGGGAGUAGAGAAGCUCUCCACAAUCCAGAACCCAGACCCUCUCUCUUUUCUAUUGAAUAGUGAUAGUGAAUCUGCAUAAAAGCUGAAAGUUUCGAAUUCUUUGCGAGACCAGCCGCUUUACUUUUCGCGCGCGCGUUAAUUUCUUUGUCCAGCAUCUAGCACAUCCGGAUUGCGGAUGAGUAAAACAAUCUCCACCAAGAUAGGAUCUCGUUCAAUAAUAUGAUGUUUUUAUCCUUUCCUACGUUAAAACAUGAGGAAAUCGGAGUUACAUCUCCCCACUAUAGAUAAAAAUCAAGUGGGGAACUGCUUUAUUCUUCUAUAUAUACUAUUCCGGAAAUGUUUUGAUCGCCAGUCUUCACCCUUACCCAUGCAAACACUUACACCUGAGAUGAAAAUUGGCCUCUAAUUCUUCUUGGUUGUUAAAAAUCCAGAGAGGAAGUCCUUUUCACAUGCUAUUUGGAAUCAGCACCUCUAGGUCGAGUUUAGUGGUGGGAUUCCCUUCCCUCUGGAUUUGCUCGAUCUGGAGUCCAAAAGUCAUAGAGUCAGCUCAUUGGGCGAUGAUUAGUUCCAUUUAACCAUGAUCAAGUACUCUUUCUUUGUUGAUGUUUUUGAAAAGCAGUUGUCUUAUUUAGUUUUUCCCAUGUGUUAUUAGUGCUGGUAAAAAAAAAUUCUCUUAUGUUGAGAAAGUUGACAAAUGUCUACUACUAAAAGAUAAAAUUUAUUUUGGUGGAGGUAUGUUCGAAUCAGUGGCUCCCAUGAUGCUAGUCUUAGAUGUUGAGAGUAUAGCUAAUGAAUGCUUACGGUGUACCAGAAACUGUUGAGGGCACAAGUUAACUUUUAAUCAUUUUCAAUCUUAUUUUAGCUCCUAUGUUAUUUAUUAUUUCAAACUUGAUAUUUUGGCAAAUUGAAGUUGGCUAUUCUUCAAGAUGACUGAUGUUAUGGAUCUUCCGGUGCUCUUAUCAAGCUUGCCUUGGGUGGAGACAUGAUGACCAGAUCUGCCUUGGUUCUGUUGAAAUGUGGGAAUGGCUUGGGUCAAAAAUAUCCCCCCAUAGGAGGCGAGUUGCAGAUGAAUAUUGGAUGUUUGGGAUUUUUCUGUAGAUCCUGGUCUAGUGAUUCCUUUUAAGCUUCAGAUAAGAGUUGAGAGAUCAGUAUAAUCGUAUACCAUUUUUUCUUCAUUACUCGCGGAUGUUGAGGGAUUGUACUAUUGGAGGAACCUGUCUGCAGAAUAUGUUGGAGGCUGAAGCUGCCUGCUCCGCAAUAUGCAAAGAGAGAUUGGGCAGUUGACUCCUGGCCAACAAAAUCAUGUGAGAUGCCAGAAUAGAUUUGGCUUCGCUGUUUUAGAAGGGUCUAAAGUGUAAUAAUGUCUGCAUCAGCUUGUCAAUGGUUUGAAUCCUUUGAGACAGAGAUGGGGUGUGAAUUUUUAUCAGUAGUUGGCUGAUCGCUUUCUUGUGUGGAGGUCUGCAUCCUCUUGUAAAUGGCUUGAAAUUUCAGUUCUUCAUGGAAUUCUCAUUAUAGGUUCAGUUUUGAGUAUUUUUAAGCGUUCUCUUUCAUCUAAUAUUUUUUUCCAUAGUUUAUAAACAAACUAUGCACCUAGAAGUCAAAGGUAGAUAUAAUGCAGGAGAAGAAUUAUAGUCAUCGGUCGCUUCUACUGGAAAAUGAAUAUUCCUUUCUGGGAUGGUUUGUUUUUCAUGGUCUGUUAGCUAUGUCUAUAUGCAAGCCUAACUGUUGAACAAAGGUUUUAGAAGAAUAACAACUGGAAAUUAACAAGGGGGUUUAACUUGGAAUUGUUUAUGUGAUCAAUAUUUUUGACAUUCUGGUUAAUUGUAUGAUGAACGAUUACAAUUUUGCUUAAAUGCAAGCAUAAAAGGAUUGGGGAUGAAACUCUGCAACAAAGGAUCAUGUGAGUUCACAAAGUAUCGAAGUCGUAAUGUGAAUCAAACCCUUAGGAAGAAUUAUAGAUAAUGUGCAGAUGUGGCGGCUUUUAUCAGGCAAGACUUGCUCUUUCACCUAUUUAUUACGAUAUGUGCAGAUGUAAACAUGGCUGUGGCUUGACUUGGGUCUAUAAAGUUUGUGCUUUGUCUUCCUCACAUGUAAACUAGUUUUUGAUAUUUCAGUGAGAAGAAAUUAAUCUAUUUGUUGCAAUGAACUCUAACAUAUGUCUGCAGGUUUUGAAGUGGGUGGAUGUAGAAGUUGGAGAGCCCAAGGAUGGUGAGAUUCGUGUGAAGAACAAAGCAAUUGGCCUCAACUUUAUUGAUGUAUACAACCGCAAAGGUUUCUACAAAAGCGAUUUGCCAUUCAUUCCAGGUGGGAAUACAUCGCACCAGGUCUUCUUUUCCCUUUCCAGCACAUAAAAUAGAUGAGGCUUGUUUGAAUCCUUUCUUGGUGGUUUCUUGUAAAAUAAAAAGCACGAUUAGAAGGUAAAUAGCGCUCAAGAAAAAUAAAGAGCCCUAAGAAAUGGAUCUGCAUAUAUUUUGAGUGUUUCCGUCUUCCUGGUUACAGUUCAGUUAAAACCGCUGAACCAUCUACCUUGAACCUAUAUAUCUACUCCUAGUCGUUAACUAUUUUCAAUUCCAUUUUUGGGUUAGAUCCUGUCUCCCCUGUGGUUAUCAGUUCAUCAACUCUGAGAAGCCCAUUGCAUCUGACCAUGGAGUUAUGGUUAUCCUUUCAAGCCUGAAUUAGAGGAGCUGCAGAAGAAUAAAUUUUCUUCUCGUUUUUGACAUACAUCUGAAAUAAUGCAAGCUACAAGAUUAAGUAGCAAGACCUCUAAACCGUACACAUACAAGAUGGAAACCCGUAUUAGCAAAAUAUAUCCUUCGGCUUGAAUCCACUUCCUAUUUCGGACAUGCUUGUUUUCAACAUCCAUCGUUGACUUUUUCCUGCCUCUCGUCUUGGACAGGCAGAGAAGCUGUCGGAGUUGUCACAGCUGUUGGGCCAGGGCUGACUGGCAGGAGAGUGGGUGACAUGGUUGCCUAUGCUGGUAAUCCGAUGGGUUCCUACGCCGAGGAACAAAUCCUUGCGGCAAAUGUUGUAGUGCCUGUUCCGCAAUCUAUUGACCCGAUUGUGGCAGCUUCCAUCAUGCUUAAAGGCAUGACCGCUCAGUUUCUGCUCCGGAGAUGCUUCAAGGUCUGCUUCAGAGCAUUGGCCCACAUCAAGCAUAUAUCUUAUGAGACGGUUUACUAAUGUUCAUAGUGAUGAUGUAGUAAGUUUUCAAUGGUUCUCAGGUCGAGCCCGGCCAUACGAUCCUUGUUCAUGCUGCAGCGGGGGGUGUUGGAUCGCUACUCUGUCAGUGGGCUAACGCCCUCGGGGCGACUGUCAUCGGCACGGUGUCCACUGAGGAGAAGGCUGCCCAAGCGGCUGAGGACGGGUGCCACCAUGUCAUCAUCUACACUAAGGAGGACUUUGUGGCUAGUGUGGAGAAGAUAACCUCAGGGAAAGGAGUCAACGUGGUGUAUGAUUCUGUGGGCAAGGACACAUUCAAGGUACUCUCUCUCUCUCUUCCUAGGAACUCUUCAGAGAGGAAGCCCAUUAGAGAGGAUCCAUAAUUACAAAGAAAUUGCUCGAUGAUUGCUCCGAAUAGGCAAUUCUUCGUCUCUUUCUUUUGUGAUUACUUCAUUACUUGGUGCUCUCUUUCUCUCUCUCUCUCUCUUUUCUAGGAACUGAUGCAAUCCUUUAGCGACAAUCAGAAAAGGAAGCCCAUCCAGGAGGAGUCAUAAGUUGCUUGAUGAUUGCUCCGAAUGGGCGAUUCAUCGUCUCUCUCUGUUGUGAUUACUUCAUUAUUCGGUGCAUUCAUUCAGUUGAGUUGACUCCUCUCCUCCAGGGAUCGCUCCAGUGCCUGGCCCAGAGAGGCUACAUGAUCUCCUUCGGGCAGUCCUCGGGGCUCCCCGACCCGGUCCUCCUCUCUGACCUCGCCCCGAAGUCCCUCUUCCUGACGCGGCCCGCGCUAUUCCACUACAACGCUACUCGGGACGAGCUGCUGGAGUCAGCGGGGGAGGUCUUCGCCUGCGUCAACUCUGGUUUGCUGCGCGUCCGGGUCAACCACACCUACCCACUCUCAGAGGCGGCGAGGGCCCACGCUGACUUGGAGGCCAGGAAGACUUCUGGUUCUGUUGUCCUCAUCCCAUAG